GCAAGAGAGACUUUAGACUCCAAAGACCAAAUUAUAAAAAACUUUCUGAUUCAUCACUUCCUUCCAGCAACAACCACAACAAUAACAUUAAUCUAACAACCAACACAAACACACAUAAUAUAUAUCUACUUGUUAACAAUCCACAAACACAACCAAAUUCAAAGCCAUCAUGUCAAAACAAACAUACAGUGUCUGCUUAUGCUAUCGUCGACGUUUCAAACUAGCUUUAUCAGAAGCACCGCAAGAAAUCAAGACCCUUUUUGAUCAAUACUCAGAAAAUGAACUCAUGACAGCUUCAAACCUCAAAAGAUUCUUAAUUGAAGUUCAGAGAGAAGAGAAAGCUACUGAAGAAGAUGCACAAGCUAUUAUUGAUAGUUUCAAGCAUUUUCACAGAAGGGGUUUUGGUCUUAAUCUUGAAACUUUUUUCAAGUUUCUCUUUGGUGAUAGUAAUUUUCCUCUUUUACCCUCUACUGGGGUACACCAUGAUAUGACAUUACCCUUGUCACAUUAUUUCAUAUAUACCGGCCACAAUUCCUAUCUAACAGGGAAUCAGCUGAGCAGUGUCUGCAGCGAUAUUCCAAUCGUUAAUGCAUUGAAGAGAGGCGUAAGGGUAAUUGAAUUGGACAUAUGGCCUAAUGCGUCAAAGGAUGAUGUUGAUGUUCUUCAUGGAAGGACAUUGACUACUCCUGUAGAGCUCAUUAGAUGUUUGAGGUCUAUUCGGGAACAUGCCUUCGUCGCAUCGGAAUAUCCAGUUAUAAUUACCUUAGAAGACCAUCUUACUCCAGAUCUUCAGGCUAAAGUUGCUGAGAUGGUUACUCAAACAUUCGGAGAAAUACUAUUUUCGCCUGACUCAGAAAGCAUGAAGGAAUUUCCUUCUCCUGAAUCACUAAAAAAGAGGAUUAUUAUAUCAACCAAACCGCCUAAGGAGUACCUUGAGACAAAAGAAAAGGAAAAAGGAGAUGAUUCACACCAGGGAAAGUCUUCAGGCGACGAUGAAGCUUGGGGGAAGGAUAUCCCGAGCUUCAAAAGUGGUUCAAUAUCUGAUUACAAGGGAAGCAAUUUGGAUAAAGAAGAUCUUAAUGACGAGGAAGAUAUUUACGAAUCAGACAAGUCACAUCAUAAUGAAGCUCCAGAAUAUAAACGUUUAAUUACCAUUCAUGCUGGGAAGUCGAAAGGAGGAAUAGACGCAUGGCUCAAAGUAGAUCCUGAUAAAGCGAGGCGUAUAAGUUUAAGUGAGCAACAGCUUGAAAAGGCCACUAUAACUCAUGGAAAAGAAAUUGUCAGGUUUACUCAGAGGAAUAUUCUGAGGGUGUUUCCAAAAGGUACUCGCAUUGACUCGUCAAAUUAUAAUCCAUUAAUUGGAUGGAGUCAUGGAGCUCAAAUGGUUGCAUUCAACAUGCAGGGGUAUGGAAGAUCACUAUGGUUGAUGCAAGGAAUGUUUAGAGCCAAUGGAGGGUGUGGUUAUGUUAAAAAACCAGAUUUUCUCUUAGAGACUGGUCCGGAUAAUGAGGUCUUUGAUCCUAAAUCUAAGUUACCUGUGAAGACUACUUUGAAGGUGACUGUAUAUAUGGGAGAAGGAUGGUAUUAUGAUUUCAAGCAUACACACUUUGAUCAAUAUUCACCUCCUGAUUUCUAUGCAAGAGUGGGGAUUGCUGGAGUCCCUAAUGACUCUAUAAUGAGAAAAACAAAAGCAAUAGAAGAUAAUUGGCUACCUACAUGGAACGAGGUAUUCGAGUUCCCACUUACCGUUCCUGAACUCGCCUUGCUUCGUAUCGAAGUUCACGAGUAUGACAUGUCUGAGAAAGAUGACUUUGGUGGCCAAACAUGCUUACCUGUUUCGGAGUUAAGAAGUGGCAUUCGAUCGGUUUCCUUGCAUAGCCAGAAGGGAGAGAAAUACAACUCUGUAAAGCUUCUUAUGCGUUUCGAAUUUCAUUGAUUAUAUUCAUCUUUGUGCUCUACAUUAUGUAUAGUUCAAGAAAUAAAUUGUGUUGUGCAUUUUGUUUUCUUUGGGAAGUUGUUUGUGUUGUAAGGCUUGUCAAUGUAUAUUUAUAUGAACAAUGGAAAUGUGUUGAGUGACAAUAUAAGUCACAUAGGAAAAUUUUGGAUUUUAGUUUUAAUGCUUUCUUGUAAUUUAUUUAAAAAGCAUUGUGUUGUUGUGUUAGAUUCAUGAUCUUUCUUUUUGUCAAGGAUGGAUUUGUAUGUGUAAGAUUUGUGUGGAAUUGUAUCCCAAAAGUUCAAUGAAACUUGGAGUAUCAAUCCUUAAUA